CGUCGACUCGUGGCCCGUAUUUUACCUCGCAGUAAAAGAAUGUGGCGUGAUCCGAACGUAGUGGGGGUCGCCUUCCAGAAAAAACGAAAAAAAUCGAAAGGCGUUCAGAACUUUUCGAGAAGUCGAACCGUCAACACAUGUGAAUGUACCACACCGGACAAUCAAGAAGGCAGGUGCCUUGACUACAGAAAAUGUAAACCUCUGCAAGAAAUAUGGCAGAUACAGUACCGUACAGCCACCGAUUUUUAUAGACGAUCAGUGUGCAGAUACCAGGGCAAUGUUACGAUCGUUUGCUGUCCGAACGAUCCAAACAAAGAGAAGAGAGAAAUUUUAAUAAAAACUGUGUAUAAGUAUAAGGCUUUGCGACCACCAUACUGUGGUUUUAGCAACGUCUCUCAUACCAGGGUGGUCGAUGGUAAACCAGCUGAACUUGGCGCUUGGCCAUGGAUCGCUGCAUUAGGUUUUCGUAAUCCCCGAAACCCAGACAAACCACUAUGGAAGUGCGGAGGUUCCCUGAUAUCGGCUAGGCAUGUUUUGACCGCAGCACAUUGUGCACAUAUGGAUGGAAUAGAAAACAUACACAAUCAUAAUAUUGCCAUUCUUAGAUUGGUGGAGGAGGUGCCAUUUUCGAGGUACGUAUAUCCCAUUUGUACGAAAGAGCCCCUACGAAAGAGCAACUUCGUCGGCUAUAACCCCCUUGUUGCUGGAUGGGGAGCAUUAAGAUAUAGACGACCACGACGUAAUGCAUUAAUGGAAGUACAAAUGCCAGUGAUUAAGAACGCCGAAUGCAAAAUAGCUUAUUCCAAAUUUCCUAAUGCACCUGAUAUCACUGAUGGUAUAAUAUGCGCCGAACAUGCUCAGGGUGGAGAGGAUUCUUGUACGGCUGACCGCGGCGGACCACUGCUGAUACAACAUGAAUUAACCUCGUAUUUAAUAGAUUAUAGAUUCCUAUACGACUCUCAGUAAAAAUUUAUCCGCACUCCAGAUAGUUAAAACUUCUGUCGACCGUAUUGAUCCAUCUGCACUCUUCGUAUGACGUCAAUAUCUGUUCAGUGCUGCU